CCUUCCCCUUUCUUAGAUGAAAUCAGAAAAUAUCUAAUGUUUUUAUUUUACUGGGUCUUUAAAAUUAAAACAUUUUAAAUUCAUAAUAUCGAAAACAUUGCCAUGUCUACUUCAAUUAUAGUUUCAAUGCGCAGUACCUACAGUUGUAUUAAAUACUUACGUUGUUCAUUCUUUUCUACCCAGAUAGAACAACCUGCAAACAAAAUUACCGGUAAGGUAGUAAAUGUUGCGAUAAUUGGAGCUCCUAAUUCAGGAAAAAGUACAUUAAUUAAUAAGAUUAUGGAACGCAAGAUUUGUGCUGCUUCUAAUAAAGUUCAUACUACAACAAAGCUUGCCAGAGCUAUUUGUUAUGAAAAAGAUACACAAAUUAUAUUCUUGGAUACUCCCGGUGUUGUAAGUGACAAGGAACAAAAGAAGUAUAAACUACCAGUAUCAAUGUUGGGUGCUUGUGAAAAAAGUUUACGAUGUGCAAAUGUUGUAGGUGUAGUGCAUGAUGUGUCAAACAAAUGGAUGAGGGACAGCAUUCAUCAAGAUGUCAUAAGCAUGUUAAACUCAGUUGGUAAUAUACCAAGCUUUUUGAUACUAAAUAAAGUAGAUCAAUUGAAGUCUAAGAAACAAUUACUGGCAACAAUAAGAAAUCUAACAAAUGGAGUAAUUGCAGGAAGACCUAUGCCAAAUUCUGACAGAUCUCAGUCCUUUAAAAAUAAAUUGCAAAGGGGCUACAGUCACUUUUCUGAUGUGUUUCUAGUGUCUGCAUUAACAGGGGAUGGUGUAGGAGCUAUUAAGGAAUAUCUUAUAUCCAACGCAAAAGUUGCAAAUUUGCAAUAUUCUCCAGGCUACUGGACAGACCAAACUCCGGAAGAGCUAAUCGAGGAAACUGUACGAGCAAAAUUUUUAGAUUUCCUUCCGCAAGAAAUUCCCUAUAAUUUAAAAACAUCUUUAGAAUAUUAUGAUGAAUUGGAAGAAGAUGAGAAAGUUGUAUGUUCAGUUGUUGUGGAGUGUCCUUCAGAGAGAAUUGCGAGGUUAAUAAGUGGUGCCGGAGGAGGGAGAUUGCAACAGAUUAAAUCUUACACUAGAAAUGAUUUAAUGGACCUUUUUAAGAAAACAGUAGUUAUUGAUUUACAAUUAAAAGUUAAAAAUAAAUCUAUUGAUGAUAUACAGAACAAGUAAUAUUGUAUGGACAGAAAGUAUUAUUAAGAAUGUAUGUUUUUAUUUUCUUUGUUAAUAAAAAAAAAUAAAGAAAAUGGCU